AUGCAACAACCACCCACUCCUAAGCGUCAGAAUGGGAAGGGCCCUGGCUCCGCGGGCUCCUCCUCUUCCUCCGGCUCAUCAGCAUCCAAGACAAACGGCACUACCCCAGCCACUAGCCUCGCCAACAGCUCCUCUGCAUCGAUACACUCAUCCGUCCCAUCUAGAGGCCAGAUUCACGUCAAACUCAUCCAGGCUCGCGGUAUCAACGUCCGCUCGUCGAUAGCUCGUCCGUACGUCGUCGUCCAGUUCGAACAGAACGAGUUCGUCAGUCGCGACCCGACGGAAGAGACCGACAAGGAAGUCAAGGGCAUUGCCAUCAGCACACUGUCCCGCACCUCGUCAUCCCAGGCCGUCCAAACACUAGGAGCGAUCAACAACAGGGCGAACGGAAGAAACAGCGGCGGAGCGAGCACUCGGAGUAGCGCAGAACCUACGCCUUCCUCGUCGGUGGGCUCAGGCAAAUCGCAGCCGGCAGGGGUGUUUGGGGCGCGCAUUUCCGCGCACAAUCCGGUGUGGAAACAUGAGGUGUCCUUCGACGUCACCUCGGAGCAGUCCGUGGUCACUCUAUGCGUCUAUGACCGCUCCCUGUUCGAGCACGCCUUCUUGGGGACUGUUCAGAUCAAGCCCGCACUCGUCCAUGAACAUACCGUCGACCAGUGGUAUAAGUUGGAGCCGUACGAAAAUGAGACGGUUAGUGGGGAGAUGAGGGUGCAAAUUACGUUUGAAGCGAACCAGUCCCGUCGCGCGCUCACACCCCGUGAUUUCGAGUUCCUCAAGCUCAUCGGCCGCGGCACCUUCGGUCGCGUCUUCCAGGUCCGCAAGCGCGACACCAAGCGCAUAUACGCCAUGAAGGUGCUUUCCAAGCGCGAGAUUAUUGAGAAGAAAGAGGUCGCACACACCAUAGGCGAGCGCAAGAUCCUGCAGCGCUCCCUCGAAUGCCCCUUCCUCGUCGGUCUCAAGUUCUCGUUCCAGACGGAGACGGAUCUCUAUCUCGUCACUGACUUCAAGAGCGGCGGAGAGCUUUUCUGGCAUCUCCAGAAGGAAACGCGAUUCUCCGAAGAGCGCGCGCGAUUUUACGUCGCAGAACUUAUUCUGGCGCUUGAACACUUACACAAGUAUGACAUCGUUUAUCGUGAUCUCAAACCCGAGAACAUUCUUCUGGACGCGACCGGUCACGUCGCACUAUGCGAUUUCGGUCUCUCUAAGCCCGACCUCCGAUCAGAUGAGCUCACGAACACCUUUUGUGGUACUACGGAGUACCUCGCCCCUGAAGUCCUCCUCGACGAACAUGGAUACUCGAAGCUUGUCGACUUUUGGAGUCUUGGUGUCCUCCUGUUCGAGAUGUGCUGUGGGUGGAGUCCGUUUUACGCCGAAGACACCCAGCAAAUGUACAAGAACAUCUGCUUCGGCAAGAUCAAGUUCCCUAAAGGCGUUAUUAAUGAGGACGGGAAGCAGUUCGUGAAAGGACUCCUCAACCGCAAUCCGAAACAUCGCCUAGGCUCACACCGGGACGCUGCGGAACUGAAAGAACACGCGUUCUUCAAGGUGAUUGAUUGGGAGGCGCUCUCGAAGAAGCAGGUCACACCGCCGUUCAAACCCGUGGUUGAAUCGGACGAGUCAGUCGCCAACUUCGACCCCGAGUUCACUUCUGCCGAUAUGCGCGAAGUUGGUAUCCAAGACGUUGACCUUGACGAGGAAGACCCCUCUGCCGACUGGGUCGCCAUCUCCGCUAGUGUCACCACCCCCUCACACAUGCCCAACGGUCCGCUAGGUAGUGACCAGCCAAAAUCGACCACCAGCCCCCUCCCCACACCCGCGUUACCAUCACCAACUCAAACUCAAGGAAUCGACAUCGUGAAACCGAAGAAGGCGAAGGCGGACGCCCCACCGCUCACCAACAGUGUCCAGGAGAACUUCCGCGGAUUUACCUACCACGGCGAAUCCAUUAUCAUGCCGCCCGCAGGCCUCCUCGCGUUGGAGAAGGACGCGCCCGAGCAGGACGCACACCCCCCCGACGAAGACGACUCUGAGGCGCCCGCAGGCCGGUAUGCGAAGUCGAGACGGAUAGGGGACGAUGCGUUCGCCGACUUCGACGACGACUUGCGCGCAUAG